AGAAGUAGAAAUUUUACUAUUUUCAGAGAAGAAAAGCAAUUUGUAUACCCGACGACUUGAUACAAGACUUCAGAGGUUUAGGGAUAAGGUUACUGUUCGUCAAGCUUAAGCUCCAGAAGAUAUUAAUGUUAGCAACCAUCAAUUUUGCAGUUUGCGAUUUGAACUCGUAAAUCCUUUUUGUCAUCUUCUCUAUUAUUAUGCACGCAUAUACAAACAGUGAGGAAAAUAUCCAAUGAUGCUUGUUGAUCCCAGUGUCGAAGAUUCACUGAGGCCUCUAGGAUCAGGAAAAAACAAAACCCAAGUGUGUGACUUGAUACGAUUAUGUCGAGUCAGAUUUUUGUUCUUUAAUUUCAAAACCUUAAAUUGGGCCCAAACCUCUUACUUGGAUCUUUUAGCCUUAUGGGUUUUCACCAUACAGUAUUUUGGGAAUAUCAUUCUCAUUCUCAUAAAGCCAAUGGAUUUUAACAUUGGAGAGAUUUUCUAGGCGUUUUCAGGCUCUCCAUUACUGCGGCGCAGCAGCUAUGAUCAAUCUUAGCCGAGCUCUCCGGUACAGUCUCUGCUAGAGUUCUAUCCGAGUCUCGGAAUCGAUUUUCCGGCGAUAAUGGCGGAAUUGGAUCAUCUAUGGUUUCGCAUCUUGUUCGCUGGGUUGUUGAUGUUAUCAAUCAGCUGGGAUCGUGUCGAUUGUUUCCCUUUCUCUUCAUCAUCUGUCGAAAAUUGCUUGAGAAUUUGGCCUAUGUUGCUUCCAUUCCUAUCUGGGUUUUUGGGUUGCUUAAAUCAGAAACAAGUUCGAUUGCUUUCCAUUUCUAUUCUCUGAAAGUGAUGAAGUUGGUGUCUCUAUUGGGAAUUUGGGUUGGCCGUUAGCUAACACUGUUGUAUUCGGAGUGCUGUUGACGGAGAAUUACAACGAAGAUAAGUUUUCGAGCUCGAAGAAAGACUCUGAGAGGGAGUUUCUGGUUACGUUUCGAGUCGUUUACCACCAUUUUUAUGAAGCCUACACGUCACAUUUUGAGCGAGAAGAAGUCAAGGAAGAUUUCUUCUGAUCAAUACGGCGUAUAUGGUUGUAGAGUUUGUGGCUGGUUUCAUGAGCAAUAGUCUUGGAUUGAUCUCAGACGCUUGCCACAUGUUGUUUGAUUGUGCUGCUUUGGCGAUUGGUCUCUAUGCGUCUUAUAUCUCUCGUCUUCCUGCAAACCAUCAGAAAUUUGAGAGUGUGGAACGGAGCUUGUGCCUUGUCUUGUACAUAAGCAACGAUGGUAUCAGAGAAGCUGUCUCUGCUUUAAAUAUACCUUCUGAUAUCCCUUCUGACAUACCAUGAGAGGAAUGGCGCGGCCAAAGCUGUUAGUGUCCUCCUGGCAGACAUUGUGAUACAUCUUUGUUCCAAGUAUGUAUAUUCUUGCUUUCCUGUUGAUGCUAAAUGCCUAAAUCAUAAAUGUAGCUUUCUAGUUACCAGUCAGAGUUAAAGAAACAUUCACCAGAAACGCCUUGUUGCUGGAAUUCUAUGGAAGUAAUCCUUAUGUCAACAGAUUUUAUUAUUUCUCCUCGGAGACUUUGAAGAAGAGGCAUAGACAAUUGCAGAGAACUUUCAGAGUUGUGCUCUCGGACAUUAAGCUCAUGAGUCAUGACUUCUUCAAUCCAUGAGCUUUCUGGAAAGAAAUUGCGGACUGCUUGUUAAAGUGCCUUGGAGACGAGGAAACUUAUUACCGUAAACAAACUUCAGAGUUGCUGAAGUCAUUUGUUAAAUUCAUAUAGUCAAAAUACAAAACAUAGCAGGACUCCAGACGCAUAAACAGCUAUAAUAACUGUGGUCCGCUACUUCAUCAGGUAAUUGCUUCUAACUCUUGUUAGUACUCAGAGAAAUCUAGCUGAUAGGGAUGGUGUGGAGAGAUGGUAGAGUAGAUGUCUGAAGUAGACUGCUCUCAUCAAACUGAAGAUCAUAGCUUGAAAACAUAUCUGAGAGGUCUUGAGAGAAGCUACUGUUGCCGAACAUAAUACCAUAAGGAUCCUGAAAGUCAGAACAGAGGUUAUCUGAAACUGUGUUUGAGAGACAAGGAUCGAGAACGUUGCUGUUGAUAGUAUCACUCGUACACAUGCUCUGAUCAAAUCCAUACGGCUCUUGCUACGUCAAGUGAUUCAACCCGAAGUCAGUAACAGAUUCAUGCAACUCUUGCGUGUUUGAGAAGCAAGGAUGUUGAAAGUUGAGGCUGUUGGUAGUAUCACUCAUGCACAUGCUCUGAUCAUAACCAUAAAGCUCUUGAGGCAUCAACUCAUUCAUCCCGUAGUUAUUCACAGACUCCUGUACUGGUACCGCUUGUGUGUUUGAGACGCAAGGACCUUGAAAGUUGUUGCUGUUGGUAGUAUCACCAAUACAGAUGUUCUGAUCAUAACCACAAAGCUCUUGAGGCGUCAACUGAUUCAAGCCGUAGUUAUUCACAGAUUCUUGUGUGUUUGAGUCGCAAGGAAGUUGAAAGUUGUUGCUGUUGAUGUAACCCAUAGAUAUAUUCUGACCACAACCAUUAACCUCUUGAUGCAUCAAGUAAUCAUCUGUGAAAUUGGUGAAAUUUGAUGCAGAGAGUGGGAUUUGAGAGAGAGUAGCAUCUUCGUGGUUAUACAUAACUAGCGAGAACUUGCUAGGGUUCAAGGAUUGGGUCUGAUGAAGGUUCAGAGAGGAAGGGUUCAAGGAUUGGGUCUGUUGAUGGUUGAGAGAGGAUGGUGCUAAACCCUUAUGAUCUUCCAACUUUGCCUUUGUCUGUUUCCGUGCCUCGAGAAAACGACGCCUUUCUUGCAAGAUGGAGCGCUUUCGUAGCAAGGACUCCAUCAGUUGGGAGAUUUGGUCGGGAGAGUGGUGAUCAGAGAGUGGAUACUUUAGUUGAUUCGAGUUCGUCGUCCUCGGCUUCUUCGUCAGAUUCGUCGCCUUGGUCUUGUUCUUGUUCUUGUUGAGGAACCCAGAAAGAUUGACGCUUUUCUUGCGCCUCUUGGCGUCGUCGAGACGACUAUACCGAAGAGCCAAGUCUCUCACUUUCUGUCGAUCCUUAGGC